CUACCACUAGUUUUUAUUUACGAUUAUGUAUUACAGAGUGCUAACAUCGGUUUAUGGAAAUAUGUAAGACAGGUUGUUGUCAGUGUAAGAGUGGGGAUUUAUGCCGUGUUGACCUGAUUCUCGCAGGCACAACUUCUUACACGUCGAACUGUAGAUGUUAAAGGUUGACGCCGUACAAAGUUCUUUCCGCGUUACUAUAGUUACACCUCAACGUUUAGCCAAAGUCCUCCUUAACGUCUCCGCGGUCAGCCUAACAAACCUACUGGGUACUUUAUUCAGCGAUUAGUAACGUUAAGUGUACCAGAUAAAAAUGGCCAGUGAGUGUAGUUUGUCGCAGGUGUAGCUAAUAAACUGGCAACCUGGUGCCACAUUAGGACGAACCGACCCUUCUCACAGAGUAGUGUCUUACAGCUGGCGUAGGUACCCCUGUUAUCGUAUAUAUAUAUGUAGCUAUAUAGCUUUACUUAUGCUACUGCCAGCUACGACCGCCUUACCGUGUCACAGACCUGACCGAGAAGCCUGCGGUAGUGCGGCUAGGCUAACUGUGAUGGUUUUAAUUUUGAUAGCUAAUUAAGAUAAGUUAAAAAGGUUUCUCUGUUCUCACUGUUUCCUCGACAAGCCAGCGCGUAUCCGCAUAAUCCACCUAACAGAAAGUAAACGAGAGGACUGCCCCUCAUCGGACGUUAAAGCUCUUAUAUUAAUAAGUUUAUAAGAUAAGUUUGUAGUUUGUAUAGCUUUUUUAACCAACGGUGGCUAAACGAUUACCCUUUGCUUUUGAAUGCGAUCGAGGCAGUUAAAUAAUUUUUUAAAAAUCAUGUUUAGAAUGCGGUUUAGAUGAUGGAUGGAUGUUUAGAAUGGACUCCUCUGCCUUCUGCUACUUAAUUUGCUUAAUAAAAUACGUGUAGUGAUAGAGAGUCGAUUCCAAAAGAAUCGAUUCCUCGACUCCAGCGCGUCUGGAAAGGGGGGAGACUCUUGGCCAAUGACUCUCAGAGUCGAAGCUCUUGAAGACGACUCCUGUUUUUAAUGGUAAUUGGCUCAAGGGACGUUUUGACGGAGGCGAAUGUGAAUCAGGACAGAGUCUGAGUCGUGUGGGUUUGUUUAAUUAGCAGCUGUGAGAGCAAACUCUGCUCACAGAAAGCUUUUCGAUCUGUCCUGCACCGCAGCUGUUCGUUUUCUUCAGGAUUGCUCACAAUAAACAAUUAUUAGAAACGGUACAAGGAACGAGGAACAACAGUACAAGGAACGAGGAAACAAAAACCAAAAACAUUUUUAACAGAAGCUUGUGUAAAAGAGAUUGAAGCUGAGAUUUGUUCCUUGUUUCCCAGCCUCUUAUUCAAAUUUCCGUUCCACCUUAAAUAGCGCUGCAGGUACAUUCUGUUACAUUCUAUUAAGGUAACUGCUGCGUCACUUUAAGGUGGACUGGAAAAGUCGAAUAAAAAGAAAACUGCAAAGAAUUUAAAAAGACUUAAAAAUGGUUACUUUAAAUAAUUCUGACCACAGUCAUGAUUCUCUCGGUACAUCACUCCGAGUUCACCCUCGCUGUGGAAUAAACUGAAUUUUCAUCAUAUAAUCUGUAGUUACUUUAAAACUGGGUAAACUACGUUUAGAAUGGUUUAAUCUCUGCUGUAUCCCUUUAUCACCGGCUCUCUUGGUUAUACAAUAAAGUGGAGUCGAAGAUUCGAGAACAUCGAUUCCAGCGGCAGGAGUCCACAGUCGGGGUCCUGCAUCACUAAAUAAGUGUACAGCCCUGUUGGUCUCCUUCAGUUAGUGUUCACUGUAAUUUAAAGCGGACACGAAGUUUCUGUAAAACACAUCUACAUACAUUCUAGCCAUAAAUAUGACAGUUUAAUGCAGAAACAUUUAAAAUUUUAAAAUCACCUAUUUCAUAUUAUGUUAUAUAUUCCCAUAAGGGGUGGGUGAUACAGCAGAAAUACUUAUGAUACUUAUAAAACAUCUUCACACUGACACAACAUUCAAACUUACUAUAAAAAUAUUUUGUUUCAGUUAUUUAGUUUUAAGGGUUUAUGCUGUUUAUUUCAUUGGAGAAAUUUUAGUUUGCACUGAUUAACUAAUUAUAUAAUUUUUAAAAAAAAUUAAUAAUAAAAAAUUAUAAUCAGCCAAAUGAUCAGCUUUCAGCAUUUUUAACUCCUUAUGGUGCUAAAACUGGUGACAUUUCAUAUCGAUCACACAUAGAUAGAUAGAUAGAUAGAUAGAUAGAUAGAUAGACUGUUACUGCUUUUACCACUAAAGGUGCUAAAAGCGGUUCUUUGGAGCAGCAGCACAGACAAACCACUCUGGUUCCCUAAAGAAUCUUUUUAUUGUCACAACAGCAAAUCAAGGCACAAAAACAACAAGAAAGAUUUACGAACUUUAAGUUGGCUUAAAAAAGCCAGCUAAUUAUGUUAAAGCGUUAAAAUGAUGGAAGACUGUUAAUGGUUGUUAAAUUGCUGCUUAGAUGUUGCAGCAGCUGCUAUGGUAUCUAAGGUGGUUGAUAAGGUGUUGCUAGGUGGUUGCUAUGCUAUUAAAUACACUGGCACCUUAAAUCAAAUGCCUCCUUAAAUCCACUGCUACCUUAAAUCCACUGCUCCCUUAAAUUCAAUGUUUACUUAAUUCCAGUGCUACUUUCAAUCAACUGCCACCUUACAUUCACUUCCACCUUGAAUUUGCUAUUAUUGUAAAUCCACUGCUACCUUAAAUUCACUGCCACCUUAAAUUUAAUGAUAGCUUAAAUCUACUGCUACCUUAAAUCCAGAGCCAUCUUAAAUCUCAUGCUACCUUAAAUUCAUUGCUACCCUAAAUCCACUGUUCCUUUAAAUUCAAUGUCUCCUUAAUUCCACUGUUACCUUAAAUCCAUUGAUACCUUAAAUGUACUGCCACCUUGAACUUAAUGUCACCUUAAAUAUCCUUCUAGCUUAAAUUCAUUGCUACUUUAAAUACACUGCUAUCUUAAAACCACUGCUCGCUUAAAGCCACUGUUACCUUAAAUCCACUGCCUCCUUAAAUUCACUAACUCAAAUGCACUGGCACCUUAAAUUCAUUAUUUGUCCUGUUAUUGCUGUGCAUUAGGCUGUAAGCGUGUGAAUCUGUGUGGACUGUGUAUGAGUGUCUGUGUGAGAGAUGUGCAUUGUGAAAUCAGUUGUGGCAGUUAGUUUGAAUGUCCCAAAUUCCUUUCCUAUGGGGAAAAAAAAUCUUUGAAAAUUUUUUUUUUCCAAAAAAAUGUAGCUACGUCGGAUCACUUAGAAAAGCGCAAGCAACCUAAUCAGGUAUAGGUCCUAUGAUCCAGCAAGGUUUUAUUGUUCUAGCUCAAAAACUACAGGAGAGAAAACAUUUUAUACUUUGAGCAUAUAAUAAUAAGAAGAAGAGAUUAAGAAGAACAGCAAAAGAAAAGCAACCAAGCCAAUAUAAUAAUAAUUAACAGGUAUAACAAAACCAAAUGGGGUGCAGAAAAAAAAAAUCAGUAAAACUGAAAUAAAAUAAACACAAAUAUGGGAAUGCAGAAAUGGAGUAUAUUCCAGAACUGUGAAAGUACAUAGUCCCAAACACUUAUUCCAAACAUGGUAAAUGCGUUGUUAAGAUAAAAAAUAUACAAGGAAAAACACACACCCAGCAAAUAUCAGGAAUAGCUUUGGAUAUUCUACAUAAUAUUGUUCAUAAAUUCAUAUUCACUUAUACUCUGCAGUUUAAAGUCGAUUCCAUUCUCCAACCUGAGGCUGGCUUCCGUUCCACCUUAAACGAUGCAGCAGUUACAUCUGAGGCGCCUUUGACGUGCACCACUUAAGGUGGAACGGAAAAUCGAUUAAGAAGCCAACUAGGUGCAAAAAUCCUCUUGAUAAAUCCCCACUGCUGCUAACAGAGAGAAGAAACGAACGGGCACAGGCAUGUUGGCUAAAGGCUAAUCCCAAUCCCACCGGGGUCGCCCCCCGUGUUCCACACAUUGAGGGAAUCUGCACGACGGGGCUUUUUUCUUCAGCAACACGGAGAGGAGGUCUUCAUGAAAUGAGGAGGGUACGAAGAAUACAGACCAGACAGGAGCGGGCCGAAAACGAGACUGAUCCCACCCUAAGCACAGGGGACCCUCGACUAUCUUGAGGCUUGGCAGAGAAAGAUUCAUUAGGAGACAUGAGGAAGUGCAGCCCAUGGACGUUUCUCCCUAUUAUGUUUUCAUUCUUCACAGCAGCAGGCUUGUGGGUUGUGUAUUUCAUAGCAGUGGAGGAUGAGAAAAUCACCCCACUCAGCUCUGAAUACAAGAGAUCAGUGUCAAAGUCUCCUCCAUAUAUCAGCAUUGCAGGCGAUGCUCCGCCCGCCAGCUGUGUGUUUAGCCAAGUCAUGAACAUGGCAGCUUUUGUGGGCUUCAUCCUUGGAGUCCUCCGGUACCUGCAGCUUAAGCCAAGGGUGCACAAACCCUGGCUCAACAUCGGCAGUCUGGUAGCUCUGUCCUUGGCCUGCUUUGGUAUGACUUUGGUUGGGAAUUUCCAGCUGUCAAAUGAUGAGGAGCUCCACAAUAUUGGCACCUCCAUGACCUUUGGACUAGGCACACUAUUCUGUUGGGUCCAGUCUUUCAUGACCCUAAAGGUCAACUUGCGCAAUGAAGGCAGACGAGCUGGCAUCCCUCGUUUCCUGUUGUCUGGAGCAGUCACGUCCUGCAUGCUGCUUUACUUUGCCCUAAUGGCACAACGCCUGCACAUGCAUGCUGCCCGGGCACAAUGGGCACUGGUCAUGUUCUUUCUGGCAUUUCUGGGCACCUUUGCUAUUGAGUUCCGCCACUACCACUUUGAGAUUGUGUGCAGUGAUGACCAGGACCCUCCGCUGAGCCUGUCUGAAAGCUUCUCUGAGGUUUCAGAGUACCAAUCUGACCAACUAUAGGACUAUUUCCAGAUUUAGUCCUACAACUUCCAAUAUUCAUCAGUUUCCACUAAUGCAUGUAUGUGUAUGUUGAAUGUAAUGUCUCCGGAGUGCUCUGUGAGUGUUCUUUUUUAUUACGACAAUGUAUAGGUAGACUUUGCAACAAAAAGCACAAGAGGUGAAUAGACACCAUUUCUGAGUCACAGUGAGUUUUUUGUAUUCCAGGAGUCAAGUAAUGUGAAGUGAUAUACAUGAGUAUAUAUACAUUAUAUGGUCAAAAGUAUGUGGACACCCCUGCUAAUCACUGAGCUCAAGUACUUUAUACACUUGUUAAAAAUCUCUAUAAACAAGCAGUGGCAGGAGAAUGGGUGAUACUGAAGAGCUCAGUGACUUUAAACAUGGCACUGUCAUAGGAUGCCACUUUUGCCACAAGUUCAUGAAAUUUCUGCCCUGCUAGAUCUGCCCAGGUCAACUGUAAGUGCUAUUAUUGUGAAAUGGAAGCAUCUAGGAACAACAACAGCUCAGCCACGAAGAACAUAACAGGGUUGCCAAAUGCUGCAGUACAUAGAGCAUAAAAAUUGCCUGUUCUCUGCUGCAUCACUCACUACACAGUUUCAGACUGCCUCUGAAAGCAUCAUCAACACGAGAACAAUGUGUCAGGAGCUUCAUGAAAUGGGUUUUCCUGGCCGAGCAGCUGCACACAAGCCUGAGAUCACUAUGCCCAGUGCGAAGCAUCGGCUGUACGCCACUUGACUCUGAAGCAGUGGAAACGUGUUCUCUGGAGUGAUGAAUCAUGCUGCACCAUUUUCCAGUCUGAUGGAUGUAUCUGGCUUUGGUGGAUGCAAGAACGCUACCUACCCGGAACACAAAGUGCCAACAGUAAAGUUUGGUGGAGGAGGGAUAAUGGGCCGGGUCUGUUCUUCAGGUUUUGGGCUCAGCCCUUAGUUACAAUGAAAAGUAAGUUAAUUCUACAGCAUGCAAAGACAAUGAUAUUGCUUCCACAUUUGAGGCCUUUUCCUGUCCCAACAUGACUGUCCUCCUGUGCACAAAGCAGGGUCCAUAAAGACAAGGUGUGAUAAGUUUAGUGUGGAGGAACUCCAGGUGGGAGGAUAAGGGCAAUUUCAGAUUAAUGUCCAUGCUUUUGGAAUGGGAUGUCCAACAAGCUCAUACAAGUAUGAUGGUCAAGCGUCAACAUACUUCUGACCAUAUACUGCAGGUAAAGAUUAUUAAGCAUGUGAAUAGACAAAAAAAUACUGUAAAGGACAUGAGAGCAGAUUGGACUAAGGCUGCCUUCAAGUGCUCCUCUUGGAAGCUCUUAUGAUUUUAGAGGUCGUAAGUAUGACCUAUGUAUUCAAGUGAUCAGAAACAAGAUGGACUGUGUAUUAUUUUGCUUUAUUGUCAAAUACGUUUUUCAUCCAGUUGAAGCUUUGAAUCACAGCUUAUGUUUAUAUCUGUCUUUCUGAAUAUAGAUGAGAGUAAAAAGAUCUGCAGUGUUCACACGUGGCUGCUGAAUACCUGAAACAGAACCAGUUUACAGCGGCUGCUAAGAAUUUUUAACGCCACCCAUAAACUCAAAGUUAUGGCUUACAGAAAAGUCCUACUACAUUGUGGUGGCAUUCAUGUGAGCACAAUUUGUAAUCCCAGUAUUUCCAACAGCACUUGAAGGCAGCGUAUAUGAAGUCCAACUAGUGCACCUAGUAAAGAGACUCAGAAUAACGGCUUAGGAGGCAAAGUAGGUUCUGUACUCUGUAUUGAAUUGUUUGUCCGAAACGUCAACUCACUUUUCAGUAUACAAUAUCAAACAAUCCUAAUUCUUUCCACAAAUGGCACAUUUUAUAUCUAGAUGAAAAAAUGUUCAAUCAUAACAAUGCAGAAUAUAUCUGACAUAACUGAUCAUUUACAGUGUUUUUCAAGGUAUGAACUGUGUUUCAUUAAAGCUGCAUUCUGUUAGACUUAA